GGACUUUUUACAGAAUCCACAAAUUGCCUUCUUGAAUCACUUGGUAAUCUGAGCACACAGUCUUCUACUCGAAAGUCAAAAACCCAAAUGGCGUCAACAGAGGCACAGAAAGUGCCCGUUUACUCAGUCAAUGAUCUCAAAUCCACUACAGAUGACGCGCUAGCACCACAUCUAACUACCCUUCCCAAGCCCUAUGCCUUUACUCAAGACCAUACGAAGACGAACGUCCGCUUCCUGCUGGGCUACUCUGCCGUCGCCAUUGCAGCCUUUACAUUCUAUGCUGAUCGCAAACUAGGGUGGGAGGCAACACAGUCAACAUGGGUCAUAGCAGCCGUUGUUUCCUACUUUAUCUUGAAUAGCCUGCUCACAUACUGGAUUUGGGCUGUGGAGGCAGGCGAGGUAUUCCGAGGAAAGCGGAAGUCUGGUGAAACGAUUGCCAUUCGCUCCUCCGCAAAAAAGCACUCGCCAUCGUAUAAAAUCCGUGUGCAGUAUACGUCAGCUACGAAUAAGGUUCUCGAGGAGAAGGAGAUUGAGGCACCGUUCAUGGCUUGGUUUUCUGCAGAUGGAACAUUUCAUCCUGAUCCCCUUAAGAAGUGGCUGGCAAGCGAGAUCGAAGUCCUGCGACUUGCGGCAAAGGAGAAUAAAUAAAAAGUUAGUCAGACCUGCAUGAAAGGAUGUAGUCAGCAUAUCGGUUUAGGUUAUUUCGAAGUGCAGCAAUUUGGACAUUUAGCGUGAGAAUGCUCCGGCCUGUCUCCGUUUCUGCUACAGCCAUCCCGCUGUUCCUCCUGCCUGAUAUCCUUACCGUCUGUUGUAAGGUUAAUAAAAAGGAGCGUGAUGAAUCCAGCGAACGGACUGUAUUCAUACAAUCUUAUAUCUGUUCUAAUUUAUC